AUGUCUGAGAGAGAUAUUGCUACGCCUGAUUUUCAGCUAUACCCUUCUGGGAAUGCAGCUGAGAAGACUCACAUUGUGAUUGUCGGUGCUGGUAUUAUAGGGUCGUGUACUGCGUACUACUUAACGCAGCACCCGGAUUUUGACCCCAGCACACACCAUAUAACUGUUCUGGAAUCGCGUGAGGUUGCCGGUGGGGCAUCGGGUAAAGCUGGUGGGUUACUGGCCUCAUGGGCCUUCCCACAGCAGAUAGUCCCAUUGAGUUUCCAGUUACACCAGGAGCUGAGUGACAUGUACGAUGGUGCCACCAACUGGGACUAUAGAAGAUUGACCACUGUAUCCUUGGAGGCUGAUCUUAAACUUGCAGACCAGCAUAUCCCGCUGUAUGAGGACCAUAACGGUGUCAUCAGCGAGGCCCCAAAGACAUCUUACUCUCUGAAUGUACCUCCACCAAAGAAGACGGCGUUGAAGAAGAAGAAGAACGAUAAGAUGAAGAACAAUUUCAGUCUUUCUGGGUCUUCUGAUGAGGAAGAGUCAUCCGAUUCAGAUAUAGAGAUGAAACCAAACCACAGGGACCUGAACGGCAAGAAAGAUGCAUCUUUGUCAAAGAGCGAGGAUGAUGAAGAGGACGAGGAUGACGGGAAUGCUAGCAUCAUUUCUGGUCCAACUGGCAAUACUUCUUUGAAGGAUGAAGUAGCCACAACCUCUCAAGAGAAUCCCUCUGAUAGAAAUUCCAGCACAAACAUUGGAAGCUUGAAGGAUGGAACAACCAGCAGCAUAUACUUUAAUAACCAAAACCUGAAGACUCAGUUACCAAGAGACUUGACAUGGCUGAGGAACGAUAUUGUUACCGACUGGUCCUCCUUGGGUGGUACAGACUCCACCGCCCAGGUUCAUCCCCACAAGUUUACCCAUUUCCUUCUACAAAAGGCUAUGGAGACUGGUGCGGUUGACUUGAUACGAGGCCAGGUCAUAAAUAUUAGUGUGGACGACACAGGUGCCGCCACGGGUCUUACAUAUAUACCAAUGCAAUGGUCAAGAUCAGAUAAGUUGAAUGAUGGCCCAGACGAAGGUACAGAAAAAUCAAAGCAGAAGAGAAACAGUAAAGUGCCGAUCAAAAUCACUGAUAUCCACCAUCUGGUGUUGAGUAUGGGCCCAUGGACUUCAAAACUUCUCAAAAAUUGUCCAAUCUCUGGUUUGAGAGCACAUUCCAUCACUAUUAGACCUAGUGCCGAUGGAGAUUCAAGAGGUAAGAGAAAGAACAACGGAAACAAACCAAACAUCGAAAACUAUGUUUCUCCAUAUGCUAUAUUUACAGAAUUAAAGACCGGAGACAAUGAAUAUUUUUCACCUGAGUUAUAUGCAAGACGGGACGAGGUAUAUGUUUGUGGGGAAGGUGAUACCUUGGCUGGAUUACCUGAGGCAUCUGAUGAAGUUGAAGUUAUCGAAGAAAAAUGUGAUCAGCUUUACCACUACGUGUCUAAGCUAUCUCCUGUCCUAUCUGAAGGUGAAAUUCUAACAAAACAAGCAUGCUACCUUCCAGUGCUAAAUGUACCAACCAGCUCAGGUCCAUUAAUUGGUGAGACUAAUAUAAAGAACUUAUUUAUUGCCAGUGGUCAUUCAUGUUGGGGUAUCAAUAACGCGCCAGCUACAGGUAAGAUUUUAAGUGAGAUUUUGCUAGAAGGUGAAGCAAAAUCUGCAGAAAUUAGUGCACUUGAUCCAAAACUUUACUUUGACGCUACUAUGCACUAA